AUGUUGGCUCUUACUUUUUUUUUUAGCGAGUUUUCCCGUCAUUCCACAGUGUCUCUUCCUUUCUUUCUGUAUGACUUUCUCGCGAUUCUGAUAUUUUUACGUUGGGUCUUUUCUUUCUUUCUUUUCUUUCUUUUUUCCUUUCUAGUUUCUUUUUCUUUCGUCAUUCUUGCCGUCCUUGUAUGUUGGCUCUUACUUUUUUUUUUCGAGUUUUCCCGUCAUUCCACAGUGUCUCUUCCUUUCUUUCUGUAUGACUUUCUCGCGAUUCUUUUCUCUUUUUCUUUCGUCAUUCUUGCCGUCCUUGUAUGUUGGCUCUUACUUUUUUUUAGCGAGUUUUCCCGUCAUUCCACAGUGUCUCUUCCUUUCUUUCUGUAUGACUUUCUCGCGAUUCUUUUCUCUUUUUCUUUCGUCAUUCUUGCCGUCCUUGUAUGUUGGCUCUUACUUUUUUUUAGCGAGUUUUCCCGUCAUUCCACAGUGUCUCUUCCUUUCUUUCUGUAUGACUUUCUCGCGAUUCUUUUCUCUUUUUUUCGUCAUUCUUGCCGUCCUUGUAUGUUGGCUCUUACUUUUUUUUUUUUUAUCAUUUCCGUCAUUCCACAGUGUCUCUUCCUUUCUUUCUGUAUGACUUUCUCGCGAUUCUUUUCUCUUUUUCUUUCGUCAUUCUUGCCGUCCUUGUAUGUUGGCUCUUACUUUUUUUUAGCGAGUUUUCCCGUCAUUCCACAGUGUCUCUUCCUUUCUUUCUGUAUGACUUUCUCGCGAUUCUUUUCUCUUUUUUUCGUCAUUCUUGCCGUCCUUGUAUGUUGGCUCUUACUUUUUUUUAGCGAGUUUUCCCGUCAUUCCACAGUGUCUCUUCCUUUCUUUCUGUAUGACUUUCUCGCGAUUCUGUAA